AUGUUACGAAAGUCAUUUAAACCAUACAUUGUACAAUGUUACGAGAUUCAAAGAUGUGCAUUUUCCAGCAAAUUAGAUACAAUUCGAGAAAAACUAAGGGAAGGUCCAGGCUUAUCUGAUUUUAUAUCUGAAGAUAGACCUAAGGAUUGGAAUGACUAUGAAGGAAAAUUAAAAAGGGAAAAGGGAGAGACAGAAAGAUUAAGGCUUCCUCCUUGGUUGAAAACUUCAAUACCAACAGGUUCCAAGUUUAGUGCCCUAAAAGAACAAUUACGUAGUCUUAAGUUAAGCACAGUGUGUGAAGAAGCCAGGUGUCCAAAUAUUGGUGAAUGUUGGAGUGGCGGGAAACAUGGAACUUCUACUGCUACUAUAAUGUUAAUGGGUGACACAUGUACCAGAGGCUGUAUGUUUUGUUCCGUGAAGACGUCAAGGAGUCCCCCACCCUUAGAUCCAGAUGAACCUCGCAACACAGCCAGAGCUAUAUAUGAGUGGGGUCUCGGUUACAUUGUCUUGACAUCUGUUGAUAGAGAUGAUUUACCUGAUGGAGGCUCUGUGCAUAUCGCUGAAACUGUUAGAGAAAUUAAAAAACAGAAUAUAGAAAUCUUAGUAGAAUGUCUAGUUCCAGAUUUUAGGGGUAAUCGAGAUUGUAUAGAAACGAUUGCGAACAGUGGAUUAGACGUGUUCGCUCACAACGUAGAAACUGUUGAGAAACUAACACCCUUUGUACGAGAUAAAAGAGCUGGUUACAGACAAACAUUGAAAGUUCUAGAAACAGCCAAAGAUAUCAAUCCAGAUCUUAUAACUAAAACAUCCAUCAUGUUGGGCUUGGGAGAAACUGACGAACAGGUGGAACAAACAAUGAGAGAUCUGAAAUCAGUCGGUGUAGACUGUCUUACUCUAGGCCAGUACAUGCAGCCAACAAAACGACAUCUCAAAGUGCACGAAUACGUCACUCCAGCCAAGUUUAAGGAGUGGGAAGAUUUGGGCAAUGAAAUGGGCUUUUUGUACACAGCCAGCGGACCACUAGUCAGGUCCUCGUACAGAGCCGGAGAGUUCUUCAUAUCUAGCCUUCUGAAGGAUCGGAAAGCGAAGAGUCUA